AUGGCAAAUGUGGCAGAGUUAUCUUCAGAAAUAGGGAGGGCAGCCAUAGGACCAAGGUUCGAUGAGCAAGGGUUUUCAUAUCUUAGAAAAAUUUAUGAUGAAAAGCAAAAGCAUGAAUUGGCACUAAAGCUAGCCAAACUAUUGAUAAAGAGAGAAUCAGUGUGCAUGCAAGGGGGUUGUUACAUUAAUGACCAUUCAGUCAUUGCUAAAACAAUAAUCAAUGAUACCGCUGUAAAGCAUGGGAUCAUAGAGGUUGUGGAUGUGAUCCUUGAAGAAUGUCCAUGGGCUAUUGAGUUCGUUGAUGAGAAUGGGAAGAACAUACUCCAUUUAGCAGCUGAAUUUUGUCAACUCAGAGUUUUUCAUCUAUUGAAAUCCAAGCUGGGCUUCCUUACGAUGACUAAGAUAAUUGCAAAUGUUGACAGAAAGGGGAACACAACUUUGCAUUUUGCAGCAAAGUUUGAUGAUCGUCGACAAAAUAAAAUUCAUAUCUCAGCAUACAAGAUGGCACUGGAAACUCAUUGGUUUAAGAAAUUGAAGGGUUUGUCUCCAACACAUCAUCUCCAGUUUAGAAAUUCUGAUGGAAAAACAGCAAAUGAGCUAUUUGAUGACACUCAUAAACAAUUGAUAAAGGACGGUGUGAAAUGGAUUAAGAAUACAGCAAAUACUAUCAUGCUUGUCUCCACCCUGAUUGCCACUAUGAACUUUACAGCAGCAUUCGCUGUUCCAGGAGGGUAUCACCAAGUUACAGGUCUCCCUAUUUUUGCCAGCAAAACAAGAGAUUCCCAACUUUCUAUGCCUAUUCUUCAACAGCAUUGUUUCUCUGUGUUGGCACCCUUGGAGGCUCCUGUGUACUUGUCUCGUUUUCAUAUGGAUGAAUUUUACUUCAACUUACCACUCAAAUAUAUUAUGGUAGGUAGCUCUCUCUUUUGCUCGGCAAUCUACACAGUUGCAGUAUUUGUACAAGCUCUCAUACUUGUAAACAAUGGAGAUUUUACGACUAUUGGAUGGUGCUUCGGAAUUUCAGCCAUCAUUGCUGCUGUAAUUUUGUUUAUCCUUGUGUACGUGGAUGUAAUGUUCCCUUUCUUUCGUUAUUUUGGAUAUUUACUUUUUGAGUGA